CAAGACGCUGCACUGAGAACUGGACCAAAGCUGGGCUCAAAACUGUGUUGAACUAUCGGUAACAAGAUGUUGUCUACAAAGGGGGAGCAGAGAACAUUCAGCAAUGGGCGUCUGAGAGACCAGUGGGAGAAGAGAGCCCAGAGCAUCGCCGACGACAACAAAAAAGAGGAACAAUGGAAGCAGAAAAGUUCCACCAAUCUGCUACUCUCAAAAUGGAACUAUCACUGGCUGGUUGCUAAUGGAGACAAGAUGAAAGAUGGCAUGAGUGAGUUUAAGAGGGUCACAAGUGGUGCAGCUGAAGCAGAAAAAAACAAGCCCAGAAUUCGAUUCAAAGUUGUCCCUCCUCCUCCCAAACCCAAAGCCGACCCUCCUCCUCCACCACCUCCUCCGAGAAGGUCAACAUCACCCAGACUUCGAAGGCAAAAGCGCAAAGUAGAGGUUGAUGCAUUUCGAAUUUGCUGGAAGGACUCCUGGAUGAGCUUGAAGCCACCAAAGUAUCUUUUUCUGAAAGCCCAAGAGUUGCAAACCAGAAUUCUAGGGUUCACAACCAUAGAGCUAACUAAGAACAGCAAGUACAAAGCAAAGGGGAGCGGACUGAAGGGUGAAUGGAUGUUUCCUGCUCAUAAGUGGUAUCAAUCCUGGAAACAGGUGAAGAGUCCAGGCCAGGUGGAGCUUUCUGAGGCAAAACAGUUUCACUGGGAUAUUCUAUUUCAAAGAGAGAACGUUUGUAAGGUUGCGAUAGAAACAUAUUCUCUUCCUGUUUGGGCUGGUACCUGGAAGAUCAUGAACUUUCCCUUCAGGCAGGAGAAAAAGGACUGGGAUUAUAUCUGGACUGACUACCAACAAAACCUAACCAACAACUUUGAUCAAAUACAACAGCUAGAGGAGGAGGAUGAACCCUUUGACUGGGAGGAUUCAUGGAAAAUGUCUGGAGCAGAUUUUGAAACAAACGACUUCACAGAUGAUGAGACGCUAAGUGAGAGUUCCUUCAGUGCGGACGCUGAAGUUAUGAUGACUAUAACUGAUGUGUGCGUACCAGGAUGGAGCAAAUCCUGGCUACUGUCAGCAGCUCCUCCAGAGGAAGGUGAAGAACGGCAGAAAAGCUGGAGCACUUGCUGGGGAUAUAAGCAGCAGCUCAGGUGGUGCAAAGCUUCUGUAAACUCCAAUCAUCAACACAGCGCCAUGCUGGAGAGAAAACGCAAAGCUACAAACUUCCUCCUCACAUCAGAGUUGGACGAGGAGAUGACAGACACCACUGAGUGGAUGGAGGCCUGGAAGGCUCCAAGAGGAUGGUUUAAGGUAGAGGAGGAGGAAACAGAGGAGGAGGAGGAAGCAGAAGAAAUAUAUGUCAAAGGGGAGGAGGAUGAUGAAGGAGUGAAUAAUGAGGACGGAGAUAUGGAUGAGGAAGAGGAGGAUGGAAAUCUGGAUGGUGUGGAGGAGGAUGAAGGAGAGGAGGAAGAGGAAGAAGAGUAUGAAGAUACUGACAACAAGAAGGAGGGCAAGGAAGAAGACAAUGAAGAGGAACAGGAUGAAGAUGGUGGAAGGGAGGAUGGAAACAAAAAAGGCAAUCAAAAAGAUGACAAUGAAACAGAUAACGAUGAGGAGGAGAAAGAAGAGGAGGAGGUGGAGGAAGGGGAUGAAAAAACUAAGGUAGAGAAGCAGGAAAAAGACACAAAUGAAAAUGAUGAGGGUGAAGUAGAAGAGGAAGAGCAGGACAGUGAAUUGAAUGAAGAUGAAAGGGAUGACAAAGUGGAAAAGCUGAAUGAGGAAGGCACAGACGAAGAGGAGGAAAAUGAAGGCAAUAAUGUAGAUAGCGAGGAUGAAGAAGAAGAGAAGGAAGAAGAGGAUGAAGCAGACAACGACCAGGAGAGUGAUGAGGAUGGUAAAGACAGAGAGGAGAAUGAAAAUGUUGACGAGGAGGAAGGUGGUGUAAUAUUAGAGAAAGAUGAAGAAGAAAUUAAAGAGAAUGACAAAAAAGCUGACCAUCACAAGGAUGAGGAAGAGGAGGAGGAGGAUGAAGAGAAGGAGGCUGGUGAGAAAGAAAAUGAAGCAGAGUUCCACAAACUGAACGCCUGCUUUCCCUCCUGGAAGCAGUCAUGGAUGGUGGCAGUAGCUCACAGAGGAGGUUGUGAUGCUGAGGAUGAGGCUUACGAAGAGGGUGAGGAAUCAGAAUUGAGAGCUUGGAAGGACUCAUGGAGGAUUUGUCGCUAUAGAAAGCCAGAUGAUGAUGACGUGGUGUGUUUCUCUAUGGAGCACCGGAGUCAGCGGUAUAUGGGACUGACGCAUGAAGAAGACAGCAUGCCAAACAAUGCUGACCAGAGAUACUUUUAA